CAAUUGCGUAAUUCACAAUUACGUAAAAGCUUUCGUAUCUCUUUAAAUGUUCACGGUGGAUAUUCAAAGUUCGAGCCAAUCAGAGGCGGGCAGUAUUUCAAGCAAUUAACGGUGAAACAAAUGUUUAAAUAUACAGCUAUCGGAUGCGUGCUCUAAUUACAAUAUGUUCUUACUUUCCAACUGCUCUGUUUUACGAUCUGAAUUUUCGCGCUCACGACUUUCGCGCCCACGCUUUGUCGCGCAUGCGCAAGCCGGUUACGCAUUCUGUUGCAGUGUUUCGAAUAGUGCACCUUAGCUGGACAAAAUUGCUGAUUUAAGUAGUAAAAAGAGAGCAAACAGUCAUUAAUUUAUAACUAAAUGAUGAGCUCGACGAUUCGAAACGAACGAAAAUAGGAUGAUAGAAAGGGGACAUUUGAAAUUCGUUCGUAAUCAAAAUGGCUGUCCAUCCCUGCGUUGCGUAUUCGAACAGGAGUGGGGUGGGUCGCCAUUACGAUUGCCCUUGUAUUUUUUCGAAACGCAGAAACCACGAUGUCACGUAUCGUGGACUUCUGCGCCCUAUUACUAAAUACCGAUCGAAACAAAAACAUUGGGUGAAGAAACGCAAAAGCAAGUUUUGUCCAGUUUCGGUGACGUUUCGUCACCGCGCAACGCGUAGUUUCCGUUGUAAUCUAUCGCGAUUGGAGUGAGUGUUCGAUAGUGGGGAAAAUCUUUGACGCCAAAGAGGGGGGGAUCAGCUGUGUGAACCCAACCUUUCCUCAGCUGGCUGUACUCGCGAACGCGACGUUCUCUUCGUGUCGUUUCAUCGUUUCUCGUCGCGCGCGCGUGUGUUUGUAUGCGCGCGUGUGUGUGCGUAUAGUCUGUGCGUUGACACAACACCAGCGCCACUCCAUAGAGACCGAAAGGUGAUUCGAUUUCGCGAACUAAUCCGGGCAGCGCGGAGCGGUAUCAGUACGUGUGCCAUUCUGCACCGAGAAAUGGAAGCCGAGGAGACGUGUUCGGUUAGCAGGAGCGCGAGCACGUUGCCGAUCGACGAGGUCGCGUUCGAGGACGCGCUGACAGCUGUGCACGGGUACGCGUUUUAAUUAUUCUGGUUAUGGUUAAGAACGCACCGGGCGAGACCGGUCGCCGACCAGCCGCGGAUCCGGAGAGGAAGAGAUCGUCGUAGAUAACGCGUGUUUGCCGAGAAUUCCGUGUGAACGGUGCGGUUUUCGUUUUCGGUUGCGAUUUUAUUUUCGGUUCCCCUGUCGCGUCGCGCCUCAACAAGGGUGUGUGUUUGUCGGAACCUCUUUGGAUACGAUCCCUUUGCAAGAUGUGGUGCCUCGUUAGCCAAGCGAACUCUGUGAUCCUCGAGGUGCAGGUCGACCCCAAAGCCAUCGGCCAGGAGUGUCUCGAAAAGGCGUGCGACUGUUUGGGCAUCAGCAAGGAGUGCGACUACUUCGGGCUGAAGUACCAGAACGCGAAGGGCGAGGAGUUAUGGCUGAACCUGAGGAAUCCCAUAGAGAGGCAGACGGGGGGCGGCGUGGCACCCCUGAGGUUCGCGUUAAGGGUGAAGUUUUGGGUGCCGCCUCACCUGUUGCUGCAGGAAGCCACCAGGCACCAGUUCUACUUGCACUCUCGCUUGGAGCUGGUCGAGGGUAGAUUGAAGGUCUCCGACUGGGGUUCCGUGGCUCGGUUGGUCGCCUUGAUAGCGCAAGCCGACGUCGGCGAUUACGAUGCCAUAUCGCCGCUGCAUGCACUUUACUCGCAGUGCUGUCAGAUACAGCCGACCGAGCCGUGCGAUCCGAAACCGCAGGAUCUGCUGCACCGGAUAGUCCAACAACACAAGGAGAUCAAGGGUAUGAAAGCGUCGACGGCCGAGUACUGGCUGCUGAAGGAGAUCUCGAACCUGGACACGUUCGGCCAGGAAAUGUUCCACAGCAAGUUCGGAUACAACGGGGUGUCCAUGAUCGGCGUGGGUCCUCACGGGAUCACGGUUUACCGCAGCGAUGACGAGGAGACGCAAAAUAUACCGUACACGGCGAUACAGAGCGCGACGUCGCAGCGUCGGAUGUUCCACUUGGUGUAUCUCUCCCUGGACGGCGAGGAGACGUCGUUGAACUUUAAAUUGGACUCGAGUCAAUCCGCCAGUGGCCUGUACCGGGCGAUCACCGAGAAGCACGCGUUCUACAGCUGCGAGACUGUCAGGAGCGCUGUCACCGCACAGUUCAUACGGGAUUUGAAGGGCACCAUCAUUUCCAUCUUCAACGAGGACUCCACGUUAGGGAAGAAGUACGUGUUCGACAUCCGGAGGACCUGCCGAGAGGUGUACGACAAUGCUCGACGAGCUCUUUACUGCGAAUCCGCGACCGUCAGGCUGCCCGACGAGAAGGAGAAGCAGAUCUUGGAGAGGCACGACUGCGCCGGGGACUGCGAGGAUCCGAAGUGCAAGGAAUCCCGGGAAUGUUUGGCAAGAUUGCUGGACGCGAUGCUCUGUCGCAUUUGCAUGGAUCGCAGCCUGGACACCGCGUUGUUUCCGUGUGGACAUGCGGUCGCCUGCUUGGAUUGCGCCCGGCGUUGCGAGCGGUGUCCGCUGUGUCGGGCGGACAUAGAUCACUGUCGGACGAUCUAUCUACCGAUCGAGCUGACGCACGUCGACAAGCACAGUUCGAGAUCGGUGGCGGACGCGAUGAUCGAACCCGGUUAUGGCCGGACGUCGAGUGAGGAGGUCAACAAAAGGAGUUUGAGCGAUGAGAACCAGGUGAACGGUAACGAUAUUUGAGACCGGCGGGUCGGCAGGCUCGGCGUGGUUCAGAGGGUCUUUGGGAUCUUUGCUCGCCGGGUCGCUGGAUCUUACUGAUCUAUAGGUCAUCCUGAUUACCACGCGGAUUUACGGUUGCUGUCCGUGUUGCGUUUGCGUAGACGUCGCUGGAGGUUGGACGUUGAUUAUGUACCAAGAUAUACGAGUCGUUAUUCACACCUGUUUUCGUGGUCGAUCGCCUGUUCGUUUUCAUCGUUGACAAUCGGACCAAUCGGUUUCGUUAUUUAAUCGUCUCUGGUUAUGUUGCUUUUGUUCCUCUUGCAAUUAGAUAGAUCGCGCGCGGUCUUUUUGUUCUCGUACGUGUCAACAUUCAUUUAGAUACGCGGGUCCCAGGGGUGAACAGUUUUAUCGGAACCGGUGACCCUUAGUGUUUUUUCAUAGAGCGCUCGUUAUUCAUUACGCGUGUGCACGUGGUAUCGUUUGUGCUAAACGAGCAACAAGACGCGACACACACGACGGUCCUCCCCGUAAAGGACGUUUCAUUUUUAGCGAACGCGAUACUUUCUGAAUGACAACGCGACUCGAUUUAUUAUAGCCGUUCGUCGAUCGUCGGGGGGACUAUAGUUUUCACCGUCGUGAUGCAACGCUGCUGUUCUGUGAUUCCGUUCGCGUUCGCCUAUGUAUAGAUAGAUAGUCUCGCUCGAUAAAUGGGGGGGAAGAACCUUUUGUCGAUAUGUAGUUAGAGCUCGCACAAGCUGGUUUCUCUCUCUUGUGGAACGUCCUGUACGAGGAGGAAACCUUGUUACAGUAAUAUAUCUGUUUAUAUGUACAUAAGAAACGGAGAUAACCCGACCGGUAGGGUCGACAGAGUAAAAGUCAUGCGUUCACCAAAUGUCAAAUCCGAUUUAACUAACUCGGCGCCGUUAUGCCAUCUUUUAAGUAAGUCCUAGCAAAAACGAAAACAAGAACAUGCGAAGCGAGGAUCGUCCGACUUGCUGGGCUGCGAACUUUCGUGCUUGAUGACACCGAAUAGGAGAAGAUAUUCUCUUUUUCUUUUUAGCGUGAGAGAUGAUGAACCCUUUUUGAUUUUUACUCUUAAAUCCUUUUCUAUUUACUCGAGCGACGAAGAGUCCGCAGUCCGCGAGGAUCGCGAAUCCGAUGGGAGGAAAAGGCUGUUACAGAAUCAAAAGCAAAACGUAUCCGGUCGUUCGGAGGAGUCUGCGAUUAUUGUUCUUCGCGUGUAUUAUUUAUUACGUUGCUCGUUGUCCUUGCCUUCUUUCCUUCGAUCGUCCACGAAUCGAUAUCGUCGUUACCAGCCCCUCGAGGAGUAUGGAUUGAAACAAGCUGUGACAAGUAGAGAUGAGUAUCUUGGCUGCGUAUCGGGAGAGUGGGAGAGAACAGUGAGCGAGAGAAAGAAAGAGAGAAGGAGAUCGUUGUAGUCAUUCAUCAAUGCAAAACAGACCUAGUUUAUAAUUAUUUAUAAGGGAGCGAGAGGGAAAGAGAAACUGAGAUAGCAAGAAUAUUAGUGAGAAUGAGAGAGAGAGAGAGAGAGAGAGAGAGAGAGAGAGAGAGAGAGAGAGAGAGCGUUUUUACACGUUAAAUUAAUGCGAUGUGUUCCGAGCACACAACGGUCUCGUUAAGUCAGCGAACGCGUAGAUACCUUUUUUCCUGACGCUUCGUGUCCGUUUAAUUUCUUUUAGUAUUUUUAUAUAUCGUAACGAUUAGGAGAUCGUGAUCGCGCUGCUUCUACGAAUCAGAUAUCGGUUCCAAUGGUUCUUUAGAUCGAAACGCAGUGACGAAAGAGAGAGGAUCGGGUCGGUGAAAGAAAGAAAACAAAAAUCAUGUCCCCUUUCGGUUCUUCUGACUGCGCAUAAUUCUCCGGGAACGAGGGAGACAUUUUUCUACGAACUGCAAAUGCAAUUUGUUGUUGUUUGGAUGCAUCACCACCGUUUAGGGUAACCAGAAGAAGGAGGAAACCUUUUUGUGAUUAAUUGUCUGUAUAAAGCCGUACACGAAGGAAUUCGAGAUCAUUGUAGCUGUUAGAUGUGUAUGGUAGAGACGAACGAUAUCAGAGAGAAUGGAUUUCUAAGAAUUAUCGUUUGCAAAGAGUAUUUUUAAAGUAUUUCCAAUUAUUUUUUAGUAUUAUAUCAGGAUUCCACUUGACAUAGUGGUACACAUAUAAAAAAAAUAUAUAUAUAAAUAUACAUAUAAAGAAACAACAACAACACAAUCUAUAAAAAAUAAUUUUUAGCAUUACAAAGGUGCAAUGUCCCAACCUGUUGAUUAAAUACGGUGAAACAUC